AUGGGCCGUGAAGAGCAGGUCGAGGAGCGAGAGGUUCUCGACUCCAUCUUCCCGGAAGAAAUCACAGAUGUCUCCGAGACGGAAUACAGAAUAUCCAUCGCCCUAGAUAUCCCCAACCACCCCGAAGAUGAGGAGCCUCCCAAGUUCCUCCUCUCCGUCCGCUACCCGGACGAGUACCCCGACGUCGCGCCCGGCCUCGAGAUCAUGGCCGCCCCCGACGGCGGCGCGACUGAGUUCUUCGACACCGGCGACGACCGCGAGCACCUGCUCGCCAGCGUCGAGGAGACGAUCCAGGAGAACAUCGGCAUGGCCAUGAUUUUCACCAUCGUCUCCGCGCUCAAGGAUGCCGCCGAGCAGCUCGUGCAGGAGCGCAAGGACGCCGUCGCCCGCGCCGAGCAAGAGCGCCGCGACGCCGCCGAGCGCGAGGAGAACAAGAAGUUCCAGGGCACGCCGGUGAACCCGGAGACGUUCCUCAAGUGGCGCGAGGGCUUUCUCAAGGAGAUGGAGGAGCGGCGCGCGCGCGAGGAGGAGGAGCGCCUGGCGGAGCUGAAGAAGGCAAAGGUCAAGGAGGCCGUCAAGCUGACGGGCCGCCAGCUGUGGGAGCGUGGCCUGGUUGGCAAGGUCGACGAGGGCGAUGACGAUGACGAUGCUCCGGUGGAGGAGAUGGAUAAACUAGCAGUCGAGGCAGCAUAA